UAACCAUUAGAAUUCUUGAUGUAAAACGAUUUUUGAUGCCUUAUGAACAAUUCUACUUCUUUCAUUCGUUUUUGAACAAAAAAAAGAAUCAUUACUUCAAACGCGAGACUAUUGAGUGAUUAAUAAGAGAAACAUCUUGAAAGUCAUAGACAUCAAUAACGUCUCUUUCUAACCCACUAUCUGUGAUACUCCCCACCCCGGUUCAAGAAACUGCAACGGCGUAAAGUCAACAUUUAAGGAUAAAAAUGACAGAAAAUGUUGCAGAAAACGAUGGAGACAAAUUUAAUGAAAAUACCAAAUGCAGAAACACUGUAAAUUCUAUAGCAGGUUCCCCGAAUAGCACGAUUAAUCAUCACCAUUUAGAAAGCAUGGAUAUAAAUCAUCGAGAAGAGCAAGAGGGCUAUCCUGCUGUUUUAGAGUCUGCACCAUUCCCUGCUCUUGGAUCGUUAGAAGAGAUCACACAGACUUUAUCACGCAUGAAAUCAAAUCAAACACAAAAAAGCAAUAAUGCAAAAAGUACACUAGCAGAUCAGAAAGUGGCAAUGAUGGAGGGAGAGAACGAAGAAGAUGAAAAGGCGAUAACAAGUUUUAGGCAGGUGCCUUAUCCUACAGAGGGCAUCCGUAAUCCUGGUUGGUUAACUGUCAUAUCUUGUUUUCUUGUCAACUUUUUCGUAUUUGGAACUACGUUUUCGUGGGGAAAUUAUCAAAAACUGUACGUAUAAAAAAAAAGUGUGAUUUCGACAAGCCUCAACAUUCGGCUUUAUGAUCGAUUUAUUUUUAAAAAAGAAAAGGACCGAAAAGGACACUAUUCAAAGACUUACAUCAGCGCAAAUU